GAUGCCAAAACCCUAACCCUUGGAUUACUCAGAAACAGCCAAAAGAAAAACGCAGCUAUGUCAGGAAAGCAGCUAGAUCAAUGGGGGAAUGGGUACCAAAGUUACGACGAUGAUUUGGACGACUACUCGUACAGUCCUCCAUUGCAAGGGAAUGUACAAGUGGCAAGAAUAGGAUAUGUGGGUGUUGUUAGUGCAGAAGUCAAACAAGUGAGCAGCUAUGAACAAAGUUGGAGGACUCACGAUCGCAACAGGCAAACUGGAAGCUAUACGACCGCUUCAACAAAGGAGGUUGCUUCUCGUGGUGAAACAUUCAAGGAGAGGUCAAGUGGGAGAGUUGGGUCGAAGGAUGAGUUCAAAACCACCUCCACUUACAGGGUUGGUGACCGAAGUGGAUAUACCGAGUAUCAGCGUCAAGAGAGGUUCCGGCGUGUUGAUUUUGGCAGCGGCGGCAGCAGCAGCAACAGCAUAAGAGUAGAAUUUGGUAGCUGGAACUUGGGUUUGUGGUGUCCCUUUUGUGCAGACUUGCGCUUUGAUAUGCUGUUUUCUGCCGUAGAAAAUAAGAUGGAAGAGAGAGGCUUUUGUUGUUUUUUGGUGUUUGUAAUGCUCUGAUAGGUUUAGAGAGCUGAAUUGAAUUUCAGGUAUGUUGAUCAUCUGUUUGAAUAUUAGUGUCAAAACUAAUCGUCUUUUUUAAGGGUAAUUUGUUCGUACAUUU